AUGGACAAGGCCGAGCUCGCGGCCCAUGCCAAAGAAAUCGAUCAGCACUUUCAUCAACAACACCAGCAUAACUCCCCCUCCUCACCACAUCUCGAGAAGAGUCAAGAUGGCGAGGCGAACAAGCACCGCGCCGACGCCAACAGGGACAAGGAUGUAGAAAAAGAUGCUGCCGUCCACAAGGCCGAUACCAACGAUCAAUCGCGGCCCCGGAACAGCACCUCUGCUCGAUCUCAACAACCCACAGGCGAUGCUUCUGCUCCCUCCGAACAAGCCGACGAUGAGGCCAUCAAAGACCGCGGCUGGGCAGCAUGGAAGUUCAUCCUCGCCUCCGCCGCAACCGAGUUUAUGAUCUGGGGUGCAUCCUACGGGUACGGCUCGUUCCAAGAUUACCAUCAACACGAUCAUCGUUCUCCCUUCCAUCAAUCCUCGCUCACCGCCACCUCCUCGGUCGGCACCACCCUCCUAGCUGGGCAGCACUUUAUCCCACUCUUGACCUUUGGUCUCUACUCGAUGUUUCCUUGCCUGAUUUCUCGCUUCACUUAUGUCUGUGUGGUUGCUUCUUCGCUCUCGCUCCUGAUCGCUAGUUUCGCCAACUCGGUAGCUUUACUGAUCCUUUUCCAAGGUCUCUUGCUUGGUAUUUUCGGUGGCAACCUCUUCACAACUGUCAUCUUGUGGUUGCCUGAUUGGUGGGAUAGGAGACGCGGCUUCGCAAUAGCACUCAUCUUUGCCGGUUCUGCGAUCGGAGGCAUUCUCUGGCCUAUCAUCUUCACCCAGCUUCUCGAACGGAUUGGCUUUCGAUGGACACUACGCACAUGCGCACUCAUCCAACUCAUCGUUUCAGGUUCGGCAGUAAUGUGUCUUGCCCCGCGUCGAAAGGCGGUUCGCAUUUCGAAAGCGAUGAGAUGGAAAGCUGUCAUCCCUGCCUUCCCGCGCUCGCUACUCUCCACCUUGACCUUGCUCAACGUAGUAGCACUGGUCACGCAGACAACCGCAUGGUACUCGGUCUCACUCAACAUUUCCAACUAUGCUUCUUCGAUGGGCUUCUCCAGCUCCACCUCGACAGGUAUGCUGUCUGCGUUUAACGCUUCUGCUGCGGUCACGUAUUUCGUCCUGGGUUACCUGGUGGACAGGUUCCCCUACCCGUUGAUUAUGGCUACCUCGACUUUGCUCAGUUUGGUGUUUACCGUUCUUGUCUUUGGGUUCGCGCGGGGUUCAUUGGCCAAGAUUAUACUUUAUGUUGUCUUCUUCGGUAUGUCCGGUGGUGGCUUUGCCAGCUUCUUGACGCCGGUAUCGAGGGAUAUACCGGACAAAACCAAGUCUGCCGAGUUUUCGCUACGAUUCCUCUAUCUAGUCGCCGCAAGGGGAUUAGCAGCAAUGCUGGGACCGAUCAUUGCAGUUCAGUUCUACCCAGACCAUCUCGGUCCCAAGUCAGCAUAUGGAAGCUUUGGCUUUACAGGGUUCAUCGCAUUCAUCUCAGGCACACUGGCUCUCUCGACGCUGGCAUCCUUGACCAUCUUUGCUUACAAACGCCAUGUAGAGGCGAAGCGGGUGCAAGAAAGGUGUAAGCAUUCUUCACCUAGUCCUUCUCCCGAGUGCGCUCGACGGGUGGAAUUGGUGGAAGAGCGGGCUGCUUGA